GCUGGUCGCCGCAGAUGCAGUUCCUCCUCGCGUGCUCGCAAGGCGACCUGCGCCGGGCCAAGGCCUUGGUAAAUGGCAUGGACAAGGAUGACAGGGAGUCGCUUGCCUCUGUGAGGGUCGAGGGCUGUGGGGCGUUGCAUUCGGCAGCGGGCUCUGGUGAUAUGGCCAUCUGCAAGUACCUGGUGGAGCAGCUUGGAUUUGAUGUCGAUUCGGAUGCUAGCUCUGGUUCGACACCCUUGUCUUUCGCGGUGGCGCAUGGGGAAAUGACUGCUGCGAGGUAUUUUCUUGAAAAAGGUGCUAAUCCCAACACAAAAAGUUCCUCCACCGGCACGACUCCUCUGCAUGAAGCAGUAGCAACAGGCUGUGAUGAAAUUGCACGACUGCUGCUAUCGAAAGGAGCUAAUGUUGAUGCACCUUCUCCUCAUGGGACACCUCUAGUUGCCGCUGCAGCCCAUGGGAAGUUCAAUGCUAUGAAGAUUUUGCUGGAGCACCAUGCAGAUCCGAACAAAGUCUCAUGGGACUUUGGUACACCCCUGACCACAGCACUCUAUGCUACUCCUGACAGAAUGAAUGAGUCCACUUGCUUAGAGUGCGUGAAACUUCUUGUCAAGGCUGGCGCGGAUGUCAAUUGUACAAUUCCUGAAACUCCAUUGGCAAUAGCAACUAACAAUGGCUUAACCACAUGCCUUAAAUACUUGUUGGAGGUUGGCGCCAAUAUCAAUGUUCCAGCUAACCAGGUUAAGAAAAGUGACAGUGAUAGCAAAGCUCCACUGAAAUCAAGCGGUGCAAAAGCUGUUAGGGGGAAGAACUAUGUUGCUGCAUCAAAAUUGUGUUCUGAGGGCAAGUCAAGUGACAAAGAUAGGAAGGCUCGGCUGAAAUCACAAGGUGCAAAAGCAGUUGAGGGCAAGGACUAUGCCGCCGCAUCAAAAUUCUAUACAGAGGCAAUCAAGCUGGAUCCCGCUGACGCGGUGUUGUAUUCGAACAGGAGCCUUUGCUAUCUGAAGUGUGGUGAAGAAUAUGAUGCUUUGAUUGAUGCCAAUGCUUGCAUAAGCCUGGACCCUAAGUGGCAUAAAGGUUACUACCGGAAAGGAGCUGCCCUUAUGUCUCUUCUGGAGUACAAAGAGGCCUCUGAUGCGUUCUCGGCUGGAAUGAAACUGAAGCCUAACAACAAGGAGAUGCAGGAGGCGCAUAGGGAGGCAGUUGAGGCAAUGAGGAAGGAACAGUCUGAGCCGAGUCUCUACGCACUGGAUUAGUUCUUCAGGAGUGCUUCUGCUUCCACAGUAGUCUUUUCGGAAUGUUGGUUCUGUGUAUAUAUAUACUCCACCUGUAAAAAGGUAGAAAACGUACUUGUGUAGUGGCUUUGCAUGUUACGAUCCAAAACGC